UGGAAGAAGGAUCUUGACCUUGAAAGAGUACAAAUGUAGGGUUCGAAAUCGAUCACAGUGAUCUUCUUUUGCGAUGUCGACGAUUAAAGGCAAAUCUCUCAGCCUCAUUCGCUUUUGCGAUGAGAAGGGGAGGAGGCUAGCGCAGAUCUGAAGAUUCUGAAGCAAAGUGAUCGGUUUCAUUGUUCUUCUGCUCCCUCUGCAAGAAUCGUUGGUUUGUGCAGCGUGUUGAUGUUUUUCUUCCCUUGCUUCUACUACCUAUGAUUUUUCCCGUGCUUGGGGAAUCUCUUUCCGAUGAUUUGGAAGUUAAUCCAGAAUCACAGCUACCAAAUUUGGAUUGGAUAACUAGUGUUGAGACUUUAGUAAGUGAGAAUGGUGAGUGAUAAAGGAAAAAGAGUUCAUACUGAUGAAGUGUCUUCAUCCAGCGCUGUUCAUGAUGUGAAUGGCUAUGAAAUCCAGAAGCAAAGAUCCUUGAAUGGGAGGACUACUGGUCCAACACGUCGAUCAACCAAAGGACAGUGGACACCUGAGGAGGACGAUAUAUUGAGUAAAGCAGUUGAGAAUUUUAAUGGCAAAAAUUGGAAAAAGAUAGCUGAAUGCUUUCCAGACCGGACUGAUGUCCAAUGCCUACAUAGGUGGCAAAAAGUUUUGAAUCCAGAUCUUGUGAAAGGACCAUGGUCAAAGGAGGAAGAUGAAAUUAUAAUUGAAAUGGUAAAUAAGCUCGGACCCAAGAAAUGGUCAGCAAUUGCACAAGCAUUACCUGGACGAAUUGGAAAGCAAUGCAGGGAAAGGUGGCAUAAUCAUCUUAAUCCUUCCAUUAAUAGGGAACCAUGGACUCAAAAAGAGGAAAUAUCACUGAUUAUUGCUCAUCAAAUACAUGGAAAUAAAUGGGCAGAGUUAACAAAGUACUUACCAGGCAGGACGGACAAUGCAAUAAAGAAUCACUGGAAUAGUUCAGUAAAGAAGAAAAUAAGUUCAUAUCUUGCAUCAGGAUUGCUUUCUCAGUUUAAAGGGAUUCCUGAUGCUGAAAAUUCUCUGUUAGUUGAUGGACAGACAUGCAAUGAGAGUGAUAGAAAAGAAAGGUUAGAAGAUGAGGAUUCAUUAGAACGUAGCCAAACAUCAUCUGCCAAUUUGUGCUGCUCUCAAUCUGAUGAACUUGUCAAUAAAGUACCAAUUGAUGAUGACAAGAAAAAUAAUAGAAACAUUACUAGAGAAGAGUUUCAGGACUCCCAUUUUGCCAUGUGCAUUAAUGAAUAUGCAUGUGUUGUUCCUGAAGUACAAUAUGAAGUUUCUACAUCUCCAAGCUUAAUACCUGAAAAUAUACCAGAAACAAAUGCUGAAGAUAUGAGAGCAUACAAAUUAUCAAAUAAUUCUUCAGUAGAAGUUUCCCAGAAAUCAUUGGACUUAGAAGAAAUGUCAGAAUACAAUAACCUUUGUAUGCGAAACAACACAAAUGAAUUCUCUGUAUGGCCAAAUUUGUUAGAUCAUCAUGAGAAGCAGAGUAAUGUUAACAUAUGUGAGAUUGGUUGCUUUGACAACUGCCUUUAUGGUUCAGGUGUUAGUCAAGGAAAUAUAGAGGAAAUUCCAAUUGACCUUGGUGUUCCAGAUUUUUUAAAUUCAGACUCCUCUGCUGUGAAUUCCGGUAAUUCUUUAAUUUUUGAAUCUUAUAAAAAUUUGACUAUGCUUUCGAAUCAAGUAUAUCCUGGAAGCUCAUGUGGCAUGCUUGGAAUUUCCCAUUGCAACAACAAUUUGGUGGCCCUAGCACCUCCUUACCAAACCACUGUCCAUGAAAAUCUAUAUGGAUGUUAUACUCUUGAAACCAGAGAAGUCACUUUUGGAGCUCAAGAUCAGGAAGUCGUUACAUGUUCAUACGAUGGUGUUGCUUAUCCCAGUUGCUCUUCGAUGUGCCACACUGAUAGCAGUCAGCCUAAGGUUACUCUGCUGGAAGGUAAGGGGCAGGAGAUUGGCAUUGCAAAGCAAACACAUUCCAAAGAUAUGGUUUCUGUUACUCCUGAUCUAAAGUUAACACCCAGAGAUGUGGACAAAAAUGUGCAGUCUGUAGAUAUGUUGUCAGUAGAUAUGACAGAGUCUGGAGCUUUGUUUUAUGAACCUCCGUGCUUACCAAGCUCAGAGAUUCCAUUCUUCAGCUGUGAUCUCAUAUCCUCUGGAAAUUUUCAGCAAGAAUAUAGUCCUCUUGGAAUUCGUCAAUUAAUGAUGUCCCCUAUGAACUGUUCUACAUCAUAUAACUUUUGGGAUUCACCUUCUCAUGACGACUCAACUGAUGCCCUUCUCAAAAAUGCUGCCAAAAGUUUCAUGUCUACACCAUCUAUUAUGAAGAAGCGGCAACGUGAAUUAUUGUCACCUCUAGUGGAACAGAGAGCUGACAAGAAACCUGGCAAACAUAUGGUUAGUACCUCACGUUCAUUUCCUUUGGAUUAUGAUGACAAAUGUUCUGAGAUUAAUAUGAACAAUGAAGUUAUUCUUGACAAGACUUCUCCCAAUUGUGCUGAGGUGGCCUUUAAUUGUCCUUCUGAUAAUCAGCAGAAUGUACCUUCUUUGGAUGAUGACAAAGAAAACAUAAUGCAUUUUGCUGAGCAUGCAACAGAUUGUACUGGUAAAGGGACAUCCUCUCCAACAACUUUAAGUGCUACAACCAAAUUGAAUUCUGGUGCUUCAAGAAGGAUACUAUCUCGAGCACUUGUUGCAUGCAACUCAAAGGAUCCAGGACCGUCCAGGGAAUUGUCUAUUACAAGUGCAAAGUCAUUGAAAGUUAAAACUAUCAGUAAUUCUACAGAUGCGCCAAAUAAUGGUCAAAUAGAACCUUGUGCUCAAUUGGCAGAUUUCCCUAUUGUGCUUUCUCCUUGUGUUGUGGAAACCCAUAAGAACCUUGAUUCAGCCCCAGAAAUAGCAAAAUAUUCUGUUCAAUCAACAAGGCCUUCUCCUUUAGUGGUUGGAAAAUGCAGUUCAACAAUUGAUGAUAUCACACACUUAAAUAUCUUUGGUGAUACUCCUGGCAUCAAAAGAGGGAUUGAAUCUCCUUCAGCAUGGAAGUCACCUUGGUUUAUGAAUUCUCUCCUUCCAGGGCAUGUAAUUAGCAGUGACCUUACAUUUGAGGAUUUAGGAUAUUUUAUGAGCCCGGGAGAUCGAAGUUAUGAUGCCAUUGGGCUGUUGAAGCAGUUCAACGCGCACACUGCUGAGGUAGUUGCAGAGGCCCAGGAGUUGCUGAGAAGUGGGAGCCCUGUAACACUGGAGGACAAGAAAUUAUCAGAAGAAAGUGCGGACUGUGGCAAAGAGCUGAAAAUUUUUCAGAUGCCAUCGACUAUCGUGACCGAAGCUCGAGUUCUUGAUUUCAGCGGAUGUGGCACGCCAGUCAAGAAACCAGAAACUCUAAAAACAGGGAGUUCAGAGAUGACCUUGAGCCCAUCCUCGUAUCUUAUGAAGGUUUGCAGAUAGAAGCAUUCAGGAUCGUAAUUACAAAAGGCUUUUUUUCUAAAAAAAACAAGAGGUUUAAGAUGUAGAUAGAUAUCCAUUGAGAUAGCUAUAUUGAUUUAUUAUUGCAUUUCAUUUUCUUCAUCUUUGUUUUGAAGACCUAGCCAUUCUUAAUCAGUAGACAACUGAUUUAUGUGCUUUGUUCAUGAAUGCUAGUUGAAUAUAAUGUCGACUCAAUUUCUGUCUCCCCUUAGAUACCACCACUGGGCGGAUUUUCAUUAUCCUUUUAAAUUUGAAAACGAACACUAAUCUGAGGGUUAAGAAUAGCUGCCAGGGACCUUUGUAUGGGAGUUGUAUAUGUAAGACUUCUUUGAACAGAAUAUAUGAGUUAGAUUGAGUCAGUCUUUUAUAACUGUUGACUUUUUAUUGUUUGAUAGCAGUAUACUUAUUUGAAUCACUGCUCUUGGUUUCCUUCUUAUGUUCUGUUCUUGGACAUGACAUCUCAGAAUGCUUGAAAAAAAGUGUAUUUGUCUAAAGUGCUCUUGGCAAAGG